GCACCGAAGGUAGGGGGGUAUGACACAACAGCCGAGGCAACAGCCGCGAUCAUAUGUUCUCAGGCAGAGGCAGGGUCGUAGCCGUCGUAGUACACAGUGAGUCGUAGUGGUGUUGCGGCAGUUGCAGUGCGCCGUAAGAACGUGAGUCAUAGCAAAGUGUCGAGCCGCUUUCCCCAAGAGCAACCAUGAAGUGGACAGUCGUAUUCGCCGCCUGCCUCGCGUUUGUUUCAGCGCAAAAUGCAACGCUACCAGACUCCUAUCAAAACACGACUGCCUCCACAGAGACCACAGCAGCCAAGACCACGCCAGUGGCUUCACCAAAGAGUACAGUCACAGCAACACAGGCAUCCAGGGAGGCCACGGUUAACAGCUACAAUGUGACUGUGCCAGGCACCAACCAAACCUGCAUCCUGGUUGAGGCAGCCAUGCAGAUCAAGGUCGUUUACACCACAAAAGACGGCCAGGUGAAGGAAGGCAUCCUGCCACUGGACAAUGAGACAGUGGUCGACCGUACGCGCAGCAACUGCAGCUCUCCUCUUGGCGAGCAGACCCUUGUACUGCUCUUUGGCAACAACAGCCUCUCGUUGGUAUUUGCCAAGAAUGCCACAGUCUACCUGCACAAGGUCUUUGUCGACUUCUUCUUCACCCCAGAGCUCUUCCCAAAUGCUUCCAAGCCAGAGGAGCACUUGACGGUGUACAACGACACGCUCAUGCUGUACAGUGUCCCAGAGGAGCGGUCCUACCACUGUAAGGUAGACCAGCCUGUCUACAUUGGUGCCAAUGUCACCUUGGAUGUGCUCAGUGUGCAGCUGCAAGCUUUUAGAAACACCACCUCUGAGGCUGCGGGACAGUUUGGUGACGCUGUGGAGUGCUCGGCAGGCGACAUCAGCAACAUCGUGCCCAUUGCGGUUGGCUCUGCACUGGCAGCCCUGGUGAUCAUUGUGCUCAUUGCCUACCUCAUUGGGCGCAGCAAGAGCCGACAGAAGGGAUACCAGUCAGUCUAGGAGUGGCCCUUCUCGUUGUUCGUUUUGUUUUCACUUCUCUUUCCCUGAACUGGAGAUAUGUUACUUUUUUUCUGCUUUCCCGCUCCUUCCCUGUUAAUUGGUACGCACGCAUCUUGUGCGACUGUCCACUGGUGCCCAGCAUCCAGACGGGCACUGUUGCCUAGCACACCUGCAGUAUGCGGCGACACUUAUUGGCUACAUGUGCGCAGCUUCGCAAUUGAUCCAUGUGGCUACAAAUACUUUUAAUGCGCAGGUUUUCCUUCUUGUGUUGCAGACAGUGUACAUAUGGGGAAGGAGCCUUAAACGUUGGUUCCUAUGUGUAGUUCGUUCAUUUCCUAGGUUUUUAAUUGUAAUGAGCUGGGGGGAGGAAAAGAACGCUGCCCCCGACUGUAGUAUGCCACGAUUGAUGUGAGGUCCCGGUACCCUCUUUGGCAGAAGUACUUUUCAUGUUUGAGUGUUUUUACUGAAAGUUAAUAAACAGCUACUUUCUA